AUGCUCGGCGUCAGAACGCACGCGUGUGCAUCCCUGUGGAUAGCAUCUCUGGCUUUAGUGGUGUCUUCAUCAUACUCACCCUCGGCGUAUCAGAAACCCGGCUUCAGCGUGAGAAGACCCAGCUUCAUGGAGAGGACACUGGUUCUCCUGGACGUCAAUACGCGAAGUCCCAUCAGAGUUCUUAACGACAACUUCCUCUCACUGCAGCUGGACCCCUCCAUUAUAAAAGACGGAUGGUUGGACUUUCUGAGCUCGAAGCGGCUGGUGACGCUGGCGCGUGGCCUGGCUCCUGCGUACCUGCGCUUUGGGGGAAAGAGGACCGACUUCCUCCACUUCAACAACCACAAGAACCUGGCCAAGUUCAGAGGACCGGGGCCUGACUACUACCUGAAAAACUAUGAGGACGACAUAGUGCGCAGUGACAUCGCGCUGGAUAAACAGAAUGGCUGUAAGGUGGCCAACCACCCGGACAUUAUGCUGGAGCUGCAGAGAGAGAAGGCAGCCAGCACUCAGCUUGUGCUGCUGAAAGAACAGCUCUCCAACAUCUACAGCAACAUUACAAUAACAGCCAGGUCUUUAGACAAACUGUACAACUUCGCUGACUGCGCCGGUCUGCACCUGGUCCUGGGGUUGAACGCUCUGCAUCGAAACCCUGACAACUCUUGGAACACGUCAUCCACUCUGAGCCUCCUCAAGUACGGAGCUGGCAAGAAGUACAACAUCUCCUGGGAACUGGGAAACGAACCAAAUUCUUAUCGUAGCUUGGUAGGGCGUGCAGUGAACAGCACCCAGUGGGCGCAGGACUAUACCAAGCUGAAGACGCUCCUCCAGUCGGUGAGGUACUACCACAAAGCACAUCUCUAUGGGCCCAAUGUAGGACGACCACGCAAGAAUGCUCUGCUGAUGUUGGAUGGGUUUAUGAAAAAUGCUGGCACUGUCGUAGAUGCGGUUACGUGGCAACAUUAUUACAUGGAUGGCCGAGUGAAAAAAGUGGAGGACUUCAUGAAAACCAGACUGAUGGACACACUGUCAGAGCAGAUCGAUAAAGUUUUAAAGGUGGUGUCGACUCACACCAGAGGUAAAAAGGUGUGGCUUGGUGGACUGGGCCCUUCCUGGACUGGAGGCAUCAACAACCUCUCUCAAACGUACGCGGCUGGCUUUCUAUGGAUUAACACUCUCGGUGUGGCUGCUGUUCAGGGGAUUGACGUCGUCCUGCGUCACUCUUUCUUUGAUUAUGGAUACACGCACCUUGUGGACCAGAAUUUUAACCCUUUGCCUGACUACUGGGUGUCGCUGAUCUUCAAGCGUCUGGUCGGUCCCAAAGUGUUGGCUGUGCGAGUGGCCGGUCUGCAGCGGAAGCCUCAGCCGGGGAGAGUCAUCCGAGACAAACUACGAAUCUACGCCCACUGCACCAGCCUCUCCAAUCAUAACUAUGCCAAAGGCUCCAUAACCAUCUACAUCAUCAACCUGCACCGCUCACGGAAGAAAAUAAAACUAGCCGGAACCCUGCGCAACAAGACGGUGCAUCAGUACCUGCUGCAGCCGCACGGCACAGAAGGACUCUGGGCCAAACACGUGCAGCUGAACGGGGAGAGGCUGAUGAUGCUGGACAAUGAGACUUUCCCUGAGCUAAAGCCAAAGACCCUGAAGGCCGGACGCACCAUCACCAUGCCGCCGCUGACCAUCGGCUUCUACGUCAUCCGCAGCAUGAACGCGUACGCCUGCAGGAGAUAA